AUGGGGCUGUGUUACAGUCUGCGUCCCCGCUUGUUUGGGGACCUCAGUGGAUCCAUUUCCAACUCGGAGUCAGAUCACCAGCCUCCGGAUUCCGGGAUGAUGAUGAUGCCCUCGUGCGUCCGGGGCUCCAGGCAGCGCGACGAGGACUCUGGUGGGAACAGAGGAAAGACAUCAUCCACCUCCCCUUUACACGCCGGGGACGCCGGCAAGAUCCCGACCGGGGAGCUCCGCCGUGGAGACGCGGACAGAGCGCUCAUCCAGAACGGAGGAGGAAAGAGGAGGCUGCAGCUGCUCCAGACUCCCAGCAGCGUCCAGAAACACAAGAACUGGGAUAAACUGGUGGUGGUGGAGGAGAAGGAGGCCGAGAAGGAGGCCAAGAAAGUCAGUAAGAACAUUGACAGGGCCUUGAAGGAACUCAAACGGGAAUACAAACAGACGCAUCGGCUGCUGCUCUUAGGUGCUGGGGAAUCGGGGAAAAGCACUAUUGUGAAGCAGAUGAGAAUUCUUCACGUCAACGGGUUUAAUGCGGAGGAAAAGAAACAGAAAAUUCAAGACAUUCGCAAAAAUGUGAAGGACGCCAUCGUGACCAUAGUGUCUGCAAUGAGCACUUUAAUACCACCCGUCCCGCUCGCCAAUCCAGAGGACCAGUUUAGGAUCGACUAUAUCAAAAGCAUAGCGCCGCUCUCUGACUUUGAUUACACACAGGAGUUUUUCGAUCAUGCGAAGAAGCUCUGGGAUGAUGAAGGCGUUAAGGCAUGUUAUGAGCGCUCCAACGAAUAUCAACUAAUCGACUGUGCGCAUUACUUUCUUCACCGGAUUGAUGCAGUGAGACAAAGCGACUAUACUCCAACAGACCAGGACUUGCUUCGCUGCAGAGUGUUAACAUCAGGGAUUUUUGAGACGCAGUUUCAAGUUGACAAAGUUAACUUUCAUAUGUUUGAUGUGGGAGGUCAGAGAGACGAAAGGAAAAAAUGGAUUCAGUGUUUUAAUGACGUCACAGCGAUCAUCUUUGUGGUAGCGAGCAGCAGCUAUAACAUGGUCUUAAGGGAAGACAGCAACACAAACAGGCUACGGGAAGCACUUGCUCUUUUUCGCAGUAUCUGGAACAACAGAUGGUUGCGGACAAUUUCUGUCAUAUUGUUCCUAAACAAACAAGACAUGCUGGCAGAGAAAGUAUUAGCUGGGAAAUCCAAAAUUGAAGAUUAUUUCCCUGAAUAUGCUUCAUACACCUUGCCUGAUAAAGUAACUUCUGAACCCGGUGAAGACCCCAGAGUGACAAGAGCCAAGUAUUUCAUUCGGGACGAGUUUUUGAGGAUCAGUACAGAAAGCGGAGACGGCCGUCACUACUGUUACCCCCAUUUCACAUGUGCAGUGGACACGGAAAACAUCCGCCGGGUCUUCAACGACUGCCGAUACAUCAUCCAGAGAAUGCUCCUGUGGCAGCACAAAUUCUUGUGAUCUCACUUCGGCUCUUAAUGAACGUGUCUCCACACUCCCCCUGCC